AUGGUCGUCGAAAGUGGUGUAACAACGACGGAUUCUCAAUGGAAAAUUCCAGUAGAAGCAGAAGAUGAUUUUAGUAAAAGAUCCGAGGUAUACGCGGGUGAAGCAUUGAACGGAAUGUACAUGGAUUGUUUGGCUAAAAUAUCAUUUUCGUGCGUACAAAAAAAAGUUUUGAAUUUUAUCAAUCGAAUGAAUCGAAUGGAAAAAUUUCCCGUUUUGGGCAAUUACGUGAGCGUCGUGAGAAUUAAAAACGAAUACGAAAAAGAAAACGAAUUCCAAGGAAGAUUGGAUUCCGCGGAAAAACAAUCAAAAUUAGACGAACUCAUGGACACGGCCAUUGACAAAGUAAAAGUACCGAAUAGUUUUUCCGUUGUCAAACCGUCGGAAAGUAGAAAUUUUCAAGGAGGAAGUACCACGACCACAUCCCUAGAUUUUAGUUUUCCAUAUUCUACGGGAGUCGAAGGAAGGAAAAAAGGAGGCGGCGGCGGUGGUAAAAUGGGUAAAAAAAUGAUGAUGAUGAUGAUGAUGGGUUUAAAAGCUAAAAUGAUGAUGUUGGGCCCGUUGAUAUUGGGAAUGGCGGGUCUCAUGGCGAUCAAAGCUUUGAUCGCGAGCGUCAUUUCAUUAACCAUAAGCAAAAUAAUGAUAAUAAAAAAAUUGAUGAAAAAUAAGGGAGCCGGAGGCGGUCACGGAGGCGGAGGAUGGGAUAGCGGUAGCUCGGGUGGCGGACCGUGGGCAUCCGGCGGCGGAAGUGGCGGCGGAUGGGACAGAAGAAGCAUUUACGACAAAAAUGACGAAACGAACACGUGGGACGCAUCGGAUUUAGCUUACAGAGCAUAUUCGACGGUGGAAAAUUUAUUUUGA